AUGCACCAACUGCUGAAAGACUGGAAAUUCACCCAGAUUGGGGGAGGCAAAGGAACGAAAGAAGGGGAAUGGCUGCCCGUCUCGACCUUUCCGACGACUGUCCACGUUGAACUGUUAAAGCUCAAGAAAAUUCCGGAUCCUUUCCUUGGUCUCGCGGAGUGGGAUGUCCAAUGGGUCGGGGAAAGCAAAUGGGCAUUCAAAACAGACUUUGUCGUGGAGCCAACCAAAGCAGCCAACGUUGACCUCGUGUUCGAAGGUCUCGACACAUUCUCAGCUAUUCUCCUUAACGGGGUGGAACUUAUCAAGACGAACAAUCAAUUUGUGUCCUAUCGGGUACCUGUGAAGGACCAUCUCAAGGAAGGAGGAAACGAGCUUGUUAUCAACUUCGACAGUGCUUUUGUGACGGGCCGGGCUAUCGAGAAAGCACAUGAGAAGCUCAAUCUUUGGAACGGAGAUUCGAGUCGACUCCAUGUUCGCAAGGCACAAUACAAUUAUGGCUGGGACUGGGGUCCGAUUCUCAUGACGACUGGCCCAUGGAAGCCUAUCAGCAUCCACACCUACGAUAACCGCAUCACGGACGCCGAUAUCCGGGCUCAAGUGACAGAUUCGCUGGCUGCGAACCUUUCCGCAACCUUCAGCUUCUCGGGGGAACAAGAAGCUUUUGCCUCUUUCGUCUUGAAGGGGCCCGAUGGCUCAACCGAGUUCUCUGACGACAAACCCGCCAGAAGCCUCCAGGAUGGCAGAGUCGACAUCUCCAUUUCUUUCCCAGAGGGCAAAAUAAAACUGUGGUACCCCGUCAACUACGGAGAACAGCCUAUCUAUACUGCCGAGUUGACGGUUUUAGAUGCGGCCGGUAACGUGCUGGACUCCAUUGUUCAGAAAAUCGGAUUCAGAAACGUGAAAGUCGUGGAAGAGCCUCUCGUCGACCAGGAAGGAUUGACAUUCUUGUUCCAAGUCAAUGGAGUUCGCAUAUUUUGCGGUGGAUCAAAUUGGAUUCCGGCGGACUCAUUUUUAACAACCGUGACCGAGGACCGAUACCGGGCGUGGCUGCAGCUACUUGUUGACGGAAACCAAAAUAUGAUCCGCGUUUGGGGCGGAGGAAUCUACGAAGCGGACGCAUUCUAUGAGAUCUGCGAUGAGCUCGGAAUCCUCGUCUGGCAAGACUUCAUGUUUGGAUGUGGCCAGUAUCCCGCAUAUGAAUCAUUCCUCGAAUCGGUUCAAACAGAGGCUGAACAGAAUGUGCGACGUCUACGACACCAUCCAAGCAUUGUCAUCUUUGGACCAGCGGGAAACAAUGAAGAUUAUCAGAUAGCAGAAUCGCUCAAACUGGACUUGGAUUAUUCCGAUGAAACCUCGGAUUAUCGUCAGACCAACUUUCCCGCCCGCCAUAUCUACGAACGGGUACUCCCCUCGGUCGUCAACGGUCUGUCUGACAUCUACUAUCAUCGUGGUUCGCCGUAUAGGUGCGGCAAACCCCCCAACUUCUAUCUUCGCCUCAUUAACAAUUUCCAGCGGCCAUGGGAAAGUAACUACCGACAAGACGCUGGGCGACCUUCAUCAAUGGAAUGUCUGGCAUGGGUGGUUCCCAAGAGCCCUGGCACAACUGGGAUAUUCUCGCCGGUAGAUUCGUCUCGGAAUUUGGCAUGGAGGCGUAUCCAAAUAUUCGAACGGUCGAUUAUUGGCUCGAUGGAAAUACCGCGGAGAGAUUCCCGCAGUCACGGACGACUACCAAUCACAACAAGGCAGAUGGGUUCGAGCGAAGACUGGAGGCAACUUUAUCUGGUUGAGAACUUCAAGCACAGUUUCAACAUGGAUAGCUACGUGUAUUACACCCAAAUCAUGCAAGCCGAAACCUUGGCAUCUGCAUAUCGACUUUGGCGGCGCAACUGGGCUGGUCCAGGAAAGCAGUAUACUGCUGGUGCUCUUGUCUGGCAGAUUAACGAUUGCUGGCCAGUAACGUCUUGGAGUAUCGUUGACUACUUCUUGCGACCCAAGCCGUCAUACUUCGCUAUUGCCAGAGAGCUGCGUCCAUUCACCGUUGGCAUGACUCGCAAGGAGAGCAAGAUCUUCCCCGACGAACUCUCGGCUCAAUUCACUAUCAACACUGUUCUUGAGAUCUGGGGUACUAACAGCACGCUUGCGCCGAAGCAAGUCACGUUGGAGGUGACCUCAUUUGACCUGGAAAAUGAUAAUUGGCGCGACCGAUGGAUCACCGAUGCCUUGCUCCAGCCAAAUUCCAGUACUGAGCUAUUCAAAGGUCCGCUGCCUGGUCAGCCUCCAAGGACGAGGAGCAGCCAAGUUCCGAGACCUAUCGUUGUUUCCGCUAGACUCAUCGACAGAGAUGGCAAUGUGUUGGGCAGAUAUAGCAACUGGCCUGAACCUUUCAAAUUUAUCAACUUCCCUGCCGAUACCGCAAUAAAGGUCGAAGUCGACGGGGAGCAAGUUACUUUGUCUACGAACCGGCCGGUGAAAGGUGUUGUGCUUGAUGUGGAAGGGACUGAUGUCAAAUGGAGCGACCAGGCAGUGGACCUUGUUCCAGGUGACCCACAGCAAAUUCGCGCUCGAGGAUUGGAUGGUCGGAAAGUGCUCUUGAGAUACCUCGGAGAUGGCUCCGCUUGA